GCCGCUCUCGCUGUGAUUAUUUUGGGCCGCGGAGGACGCUGGGAGUGUUUCGGCCCUGUUCCCCGGUCAAAAUGUCUGACAUGGAGGAUGAUUUCAUGUGCGAUGAUGAGGAGGAUUAUGACCUGGAAUACUCAGAGGACAGUAAUUCUGAGCCAAAUGUCGACUUGGAGAAUCAGUACUAUAACUCCAAAGCGCUAAAGGAAGAUGAUCCGAAAGCAGCCUUGAGCAGCUUUCAGAAGGUGCUGGAACUUGAGGGAGAAAAAGGAGAAUGGGGAUUCAAAGCCCUGAAACAGAUGAUUAAAAUAAAUUUCAAGCUGACAAACUUUCCUGAAAUGAUGAACCGCUACAAACAGCUUUUGACAUAUAUACGAAGCGCAGUCACAAGGAACUACUCCGAGAAAUCUAUUAACUCCAUUCUAGAUUACAUUUCAACCUCUAAACAGAUGGACUUGCUUCAGGAAUUUUAUGAGACUACUCUAGAGGCAUUAAAGGAUGCCAAAAAUGACAGACUGUGGUUCAAAACCAAUACUAAGUUGGGGAAGUUGUAUCUGGAGAGAGAAGAGUAUGGAAAACUUCAGAAAAUUCUCAGGCAGUUGCAUCAGUCAUGUCAGACGGAUGAUGGUGAAGAUGACCUAAAGAAAGGCACGCAGUUGUUGGAGAUCUACGCUUUGGAAAUUCAGAUGUACACAGCACAGAAAAACAACAAGAAGCUGAAAGCUCUUUAUGAGCAGUCUUUACACAUCAAGUCAGCAAUUCCUCAUCCACUCAUCAUGGGAGUCAUCAGAGAAUGUGGUGGAAAAAUGCACCUAAGGGAGGGAGAAUUUGAGAAGGCGCACACAGACUUUUUUGAGGCAUUUAAAAAUUACGAUGAAUCUGGAAGCCCCAGGCGAACCACUUGUUUAAAGUACCUGGUCUUGGCCAACAUGCUGAUGAAGUCAGGAAUAAACCCAUUUGAUUCUCAAGAGGCAAAACCCUACAAAAAUGAUCCAGAAAUUCUAGCAAUGACGAACUUGGUAAGUGCCUACCAGAACAAUGACAUCACAGAGUUUGAGAAAAUCUUGAAGACGAAUCACAGUAACAUCAUGGAUGACCCCUUCAUCAGGGAACAUAUUGAGGAGCUGUUACGAAACAUAAGAACACAAGUGCUCAUCAAAUUAAUUAAGCCUUACACUAGAAUACACAUACCUUUCAUUUCAAAGGAAUUGAACAUCGAUGUUGCGGAUGUGGAAAGCUUACUUGUGCAGUGUAUACUAGACAACACAAUCAAUGGCCGAAUUGACCAGGUUAACCAGCUGUUGGAGCUUGAUCACCAGAAGAGAGGCGGUGCUCGAUACACAGCCCUAGACAAAUGGACCAAUCAGCUGAAUUCUCUCAACCAGGCCAUUGUCAGUAAACUUGCUUGA